CGUGUUAAUUAUUCGCAUGUGGAAAGCAAAGCCGAGUCUCUCCUCUGGUAAAACAAGAGGAGCCUAACUGCCGGAGGAAAAGUUAGUCAAGAUGGCAAAACGCAUAGAUGCAGAGUGAAGGGGCACCGCUGCCCACAGUUUCAAACUUUGUUGCGCACCCGUCUUGCGAUCCACACCACCGAUGCAGUUGUGCAAGGAAAUAUAAAUGGGAUCCCUGUGGAAAAUGCCAACAAAAGUAAUGCUGGUGUGACAGCACAGAGUGCAGGAGGAAAGCCGACUCUCCUGUCUGAAUGUUAAAAACCCCUUGUGCAGAUGCACCUAGGAGAGCACCUUGCCACCACUCCCCUCAAGCUGAAACUACAGUACACCUGCUUUUCUAAAAGCCUGGAUGAUGCUACGCCACUUGAACUAAGCACAACAGCUCAAAUCCCUCCUGCUCAAAGUACAUAUUUCUGCUCCACUCAACAUCAACAACAAAAACAGACCAAAAGAAGAGCACAUCCAACACAAGCUUUGACCAAAGUUUAACCACUAGAGCACCAAUUUAACUCAAUUCUCUCGUGACACCAGGAAGGUCACUAACUAGUUUCCACGUUCGGCCUGGUGCCUUUGCCCCAGACCAUGAUGUUUCGUGACCAGGUGGGCAUCCUGGGAAGCUGGUUUAAGGGGUGGAACGAGUGUGAGCAGACGGUGGCUCUGCUGUCGCUGCUGAAGCGGGUGUCGCAGACCCAGGCUCGUUUCCUGCAGCUGUGUCUGGAGCACAGCCUGGCUGAUUGCACCGAGCUUCACGUGUUGGAGGGAGAGGCCAAUAACCCAGUGGUGAUCAGCCAGUGGCAGGGUGAGCCCAAGGAGCGCGUCAUCUCCCUGGUCCUCACCCACCUGCCCCUGCUCAAGCCGGGCAACAUCGAAGCCAAGGGCGAGUACAUGCGCCUCCUCCCCCGUAUCCUGGCACACACCAUCGAGCACGGCCGCCAUCUGGAAGAGUCGCGCCAGCUCCUCUCCUACGCCCUCAUCCACCCGGCCACCUCACUGGACGACCGAGCCGCCCUUGCCCUCUGGCUCAAUCACCUGGAGGAACGCGCUGCUGCCCGGGCCGACUCGUUGGAACGGCUGCCCCCCUCCCCAGCCUCGCACCAUCAGACGCCCCCCUCAACGCUCUCCUCGUCGGGUUCCAGUUUGGGUUCCUCUGUGGGCCACCUGGGUCACCUGUAUCACCACCAGCGCUACGGCUCAGACGAUCGGCUCAACGGCUGGCAGGGGUCGAGGGACUCUGGGUUGGGCAGCGGAUGGCAGCAGCAGGGGCAGGGAGGGUGUGAGAAUGGUGGGCACCUGGCUCUCUACCCGUCCUCGUCUGUACCUGGGAGUAUCAACACGGUGGGCACGGGCGGCAGCAGCAACACCAUCCUGUUUGGCGGCGGCGGAGGGCAGCACAGUCCCCUGAAGCGUUCGGUGUCCCUUACCCCCCCGAUGAGUGAUGGCUCCUUGGCCGGUUCCUCCUCCUUGGGUUUGGGUCAUGGCUGGCUCUCCCAGGAGGACCUGCGCGGGCCCCGGGGAGGAGGAGGGCUGGGGCUGGCCCCCACCGACCCCCACCACGCACCCCUCUCCCCCCAGAGCAGCGUAGCGUCUUCAGGUAGUGGCGGCAGCGAGCACCUGGAGGACGCAGGUCUAGGAGGAGGAGGAUGCUGUGGAGGAAGCUUGUACCGCAGGAGAACAUUUCAUAAGGAGGGCAGCGGCAUGGGGGAUGUGCCGGCCUGGCUGAAAAGCCUCCGUCUCCACAAGUAUGCGGCUCUAUUCUCCACCAUGACGUACGACGAGAUGAUGUCACUGACCGAACAACAGCUGGAAUCACAGAAUGUCACCAAAGGGGCGCGCCACAAGAUAGUCAUCAGCAUCCACAAACUGAAGGAGCGCCAGAACAUGCUGCGCUGCCUAGAGAAGGACGUGUUGGAAGGGAGUAACCUGCGCGCCCCUCUUGCCGAGCUCCACCAGAUGAUCCUGACGCCCAUCAAGGCUGUGGCCAGCGACGAGUCGUUGCCCUCCUCGACCACACAGCAACCCCUGUUGAGCCUUGAGGGGAAGAGCAGCACCGCCCCGGGCUCUCACCUGGCCCCUGGAGGAGGGGAAGGGGAGACAGGGGCUACCCUCAUCGCCGAGGGGGACAUCCCCGGCCAGUUCACUCGCGUCAUGGGCAAAGUUUGCACACAGCUCCUGGUGUCCAGGCCAGAUGAAGAGAACAUCAGCUCCUAUAUGCAGCUCAUUGACAAGUGCCUUCUGCAUGAGGCGUUCACUGAGACACAGAAGAAGCGGCUGUUGUCAUGGAAACAGCAGGUGCAGAAGCUGUUCCGCUCGUUUCCCAGGAAGACUCUCCUGGACAUGGCGGGCUACCGGGCGCAGAGGAGCAGCAGCAGUAGCCGGGGCUUCGGCCAGUCCAACUCUCUCCCCACGGCGGGCUGCGUGGGGGGCAGCAGUAGCAUGUCGGCCCGCCGGAGCCUGCGCCAGUUCCAGAUGCCCUCACGGAGCUUGCCCGGCGCCAGGCUUGGCCUGCUGGGCACCGCCGGCCUCCUGGGACCCACGCCGCGCAGCGCCAGCAGCACCUCCACCGGUCUCAAGCAGGGACGACAGGGUUUAUGGUUUGCCAACCCCGGAGGCAGUAAUAGCAUGCCCAGCCGAACCCACAGCUCAGUGCAGAGGACCCGCUCCUUGCCUGUCCACACCACGCCACACACCAUGGUCAUGUUUCAGCAGUCUGAUCUCCAAGUGCCAGUGACGGAACCAGACAUCAACAACCGGCUGGAGUCUCUGUGUUUGAGUAUGACAGAGCAUGCCCUGGGAGAUGGAGUUGACCGCACAUCCACCAUCUGAGAGUAGGACCUGAAGGAGACCCGGGGACAUCUGGUCCCACACACACACACACACACACACACACACCACAGCCAAUGAGAGAGGUCAACCGGGGUGGUUGCUGGGCUGCAAAUUAUGCCACGGCGAGCCAAUCUGCAAAAACUGCUAACAAACGGCUAACGCAGUAGCACAUUGGCAUGUUACCAUCACAACAAAACACGGCUACGCCCCCAGCACACUCAUAAGUACCUGGGCUUCAGUGAUGGAUGAGAAAUGCAGUGCAGACUCCUUUCCCCACCCGUUAUAACUACCCACAACAGUGCCGGAGGAGUGCCCUCUGUUGAGCUGGGGGAGAUAUAGCAGCGCUGGGGGUCAGCAUCGGCCAACAACCGAUUGGCAGACCCUGGACCCAGUUGAAGGGGGAGUUGUGCAUUAUAGGUACUGUAGUAUAUCAUGCUAUAAGAGUCAAGACUGUAGACUUUCCUUCUCCGCCCCCAGUCCCCAGACCAGUAAGGGAGUUCCCACACCAGUUCGCACCAGUCAGCAUUUCUACCGGUCGUGCCAUAUGACGUCUCACUGAGUCAAAAACAAACACAAGACAAGUAAGUAAAUAAUCAAAGUGGGACACAUUGUGAGAGAAGCCUCGGCAUUCAUCUCACUGUUUGGGAGAGUUUUAGGGAGGAAGUUUUUCAAAAGAGCCCUAUGCUUCUGUAUAGGUGACAGAAAAAAAGCAUUUUUACAUGUAUGUAUUGUUUACAUAAGAUGCUACUAUGGUACCGAAACAUUUAUACAUUUCAGCUAUGAAUGUUAUCUCUUAUAUUUUAUUUUUUUAAAUACAUUUUGGGAAAGUAGUAGCAUACUACCGUACUAGUCGCUUAAUAGACUAACGUCCCACAGUAGCUAUCAUAGUUUACAUCCAACAUUAUCAUAGUUUUUUUUGCUUUUUGUUUCUUUCUUUCGCUUACCAGCAGCCAAGCUGUGUGAAUAUGAAAACGCUAAAAGGAGAGAGGGAUGAAGUGGAAGUGUGUAGAAGGAAAAACAGAGAAAUGAGAAGAGAUGGGAGGAGGGGAAAUAAAAGUGGGGAGACACAGGAUGGUCUGUGCCAAGUGAUUUAGAAGGAGAAGAGGACGUUAGUGAUGAUGGAUCCAUGUCAGAGGCAGGGACUUUGAUUUGAAACAACAGAAAUUGUGUAGUAGUAGCGUUGUGGUGAAGUUCUGGGUAAAUGUUAUAGACAGGCCAAUGUAUAUAAUCUUUUAGAAUUCUUUAAUCUUUGUCCCUGCAGACUAUGCAUUGAAAGUUUAUGCUGUUAAUUUGCUUGGGCUGUGUCUGGAUUUGGGAGUGAGGUUUCUUUAACAGGUGCACAAUGUUGUGUGACCUAUUCUCUAAUUAGGGCUAGUCAGUGUGGGUCAGUAGUAUUUUCAAUGUGUCUCAUUGUGAAAUAGAAUGAGGAUUACAUGUGUGUUUUCAGUCCAGGGUAGGUACUAUAGCGUUGUAUGCUAUAUGCUCUCAUUUUACUAGGAAGUAAGAGAUGGUCAAAGAUGUUUUGAAUCAAGGAGAAAAGAUGUACACAGAGGACAGGAGAAUCAGGAAGUAGCUUUGGCGGAUAUAAACGAGAAGGUUGCUGAGGAAGUUUCCUUUUCCUCAAGCAGCAUAGAAACACCAACCCAUGAAGGGUUUAAAACUAGUUUAAAUUCCCAAGAAUACUCUCUUUUUAGUACUUAACUCCACCUAGUGGCAAAAUGCAGUUAGGUAGGUUCAUGGAAUUAGGCUUUUUAUACUUCAAUUUCUUGUUCGUUUUUUUGUCUUAACCCUAACCCUUGGUUCAUUGUUGUCUGCAUGACAUGCUAUAAAGGUAGGUUCAUGGUAAAAUAAGCUCUUUAAAGCUGAAUUAGGCUCUGUUGUUAUUAGCCACUGUCAUCCUGUAAGUGGGUGUUUUGUGCAUGGAAGAUCACGCUAAUGUAUUGUGCCUGAAUGGGCAUCCUGAUUUGGUGUGGUGUUUUGUGAGGGUUUUUGCGCAACUUUUUGGGUUAGUUUAUUUUUGAAUUCUUGUGUGUCUCGUUUUCUUGUUCUGCACUUGGUGUUGUGAUAUUUUUACUACAGCUAAUCCAUCAAUAACAAUGCCAAUAGGUGCAGUAAUAGAAAUGGCAAGUAUGUGCAAUAAACGUUCAUCAGUGGGGAGAGGCAAGUGGUUUGGAGAGGAAAGGUUAAGAGUUUUGUAGUUCAGAAAAAGGGACUUGACUUAUUGUGGAGGUGAACUUGUAGUGAGAUGAAACCAGCUUCAUGCCAAAUGCACCGUUGCUCGGCGAUGGAGAACGAGAACACCCCUUCCUCUGCCAAACUAACUACAGCCCACUCCCAAGUGCGCAUUGAACUUAAGCUCUCAGACUGAGCCAUCUUGUCAUAAAGUAGGGUUGACCCCAGUCAAACCUUUAACCUGUUAUUGUCAAAAUGUCAUUGAUGCUUGUAGUAAUGUUUCAUAGUCAGUCAAAUAUCACUGCUUCAGGAAGUGUGCUCACUAAAAACGCAUGGCCUUAAAUGGGACGGUGACAAGAAAAUUCAAUAAAGCAUGAAUUGGCAUGGACUCUUUGGCACGGUUUGGUUUAGUGGCAGCAUUACAGUAUUGGUAUACUGAUGCAACAUGCAUCAGUGUAUAUACAGUACAUGGUAGUUAGAUCCACUUGCCACUGCCACAUAAAUUGAUACUAUUAGCAGAUUCAAAUUAUUUAUUAUUUUUUUUCUAUUGUUGCAGAGGUGAUUUAUUGUAUUCAUUUAGAUGUAUUAUUUAAAGUACCACAUGUAUUAACUUGCUAUGGCUGGUGACCAUAAGUACAUCUCAAAUAUUAACAUAGUUAUUUUUGUUUUGAACUACAGUAUAAUCGCACAUUUUUAUAUUUAAUAGUGGAGUAGAGAGACACUCUGUGUCUUGUUUGGAUUCGUUUUUUUUCUUCUGACUGACUGUUUGGGAACGCUUGUUAUCCUGGUUGGCCAAAUGUCUGAACGUGGCCACCAGCAGAACAAACAGGAUAGGGGGCGACGACCCUUUUGAAAUAUUGCCAAAUAGAACAGGCCACGGUAACCCUUGAUAGACUGAGAUGGAGAGUCAUCUGGGGUUAUUUCUGUGGCAUAAGGCCCUUUACUACUUUGGUCCACUUCGGCUAUGAGCAUCGGAGGUGCAGGGAUAGCCCUUUGGGAAUGGGUAACCAGUGCUUACCAAGCUAACCACCAUCUGCAUGGCUAGUGAUGACAUCACAGUGGAUGGCUAAGAUAUGUAGCCUAUCCAAAAGACUGGCAACAACUGCAGGGCAGAGGGUAGCACAUUCUAGGGUGGGACAUACACACUCACUACUGCCCAUGAGGUUGUGUGUGUGAAUGUAGUGUACACUACAGUAUGUAGUGAGCGAUGGAGCAGAGGGAGUAAACAGAAGAGCUGUGAAUGUCAUUGAUAUAUUACUGCAACUGCGUGUGUGAAGUAGCCAGAUGACGAGUAGAUCGGACUUUGACUCCUCCGGAAGCUGUUCACCUUAUGUAACACAAAAAAAAGGGGGUUUUAUUUGUAUUUUCCAAAGCGCCUCCAACCCCGAUGAGGCUGGGAUGAGAGAGAUCCUCUGUACACACUGCAGUAUUAACAGUUAGAUGAUAACCUUGAUAUUCCAAAUAUAUUAUUAUUUAAUGGGGUUUUUUUACUGAAAUUUUUGUUGGUCAUAGACACUCUGCACAUUAGUCAAAUAUCGCAUCAUUAUUCGAUGGCGAGACUCUUUUUUUUUCUUCUUUUUUUUUUGUAAACUCGAAGGCAUCCAUACUGUAACAAAAGUUCUACAGCUUUACUGUGCUCUGUUUGUUUUGUUUUUGUUAUCAAAGAGCCGAUGUCCUGUAUUGACUGCAGGCUUACAAAUAUAUUUGAAAAAAUAUUAUCCUAUGUUUAAGAAAAAACUCAAAAGCUCCCCAAAAAAAGUUAAUUUAUAUUAUAGAAAUGCACGAGGCUGGGAAGUCAUAUUUAAAAUAACAAAUGGCAGUGCCUUUUUUUUUACUCGACAUUUACCCAAAAUGUAAAUGUUGACAGUCAAAAUGGUGGCAUCCUCCAAACUGCACACUAGGUCCUCUAGGACAUUUUAAAAUGUAUCUUUUGGCGUCACGUUGUAGACAAAAACAAUAUGGAACACUUCUUUCUGGCCUCGUGUUGUCAGUGUAUUUUUUUUGUUUCUGUAGGUACUUUUCAAUGCUGAUAUGAAGUUAGGAAUUAUACCUGUCUGUACAACAAACAGAUGUAUAUGUUUUGUGUGUGUUUGCACGUGUGUCUUGUUGUAACUGUAAAAUACUUAUUCUCAAAUGUACCAGAAAUGCUGCGACUUGGCAUGGCCCAAUCAAAAGAAGGCUGUAGUUUUUCUUCCUUUGUUCAGGCAUCGGAGGAUGACUGCCUCUCAGCUGUAUGUGUGUGUUAUACAGUAUCAAGGGAUUGUAUGGUCACUAUGCCCACAGUUCAGUAACACAUGAGGGCUGACAUUCAGAGAGACCUGAGGUCCACUGUACACUACAUAGAUCAGUCUCUCUGUAGAGCCAGCCAUUUAGAACUGGGCCAGUAUUUACAAAGAGUCUGAGUAGUCGUGCUUUUUACAUGCCUUCUAGAUCAUAAUGAUUAAAAUUAUAUGGACAGGGGGGGGACCUGAUCCCAGAGUUACUUUUUUAAUUCGGGCCCUGACGCCAUGCCAAAAGCCUGUCUCAGGUUCUGUGUUCCUGUAGCUACUUGCCUCGGGCAGGGUUUGGGUCUGGCUUGUGAGAGGAAGUGUGGAUGCUCAUCUGUUCUAAAUGGAUCUAUGGAUCUCUUGUGUAAAUGUAUGUAUUUUCAUUUUUGUCUAUGAGAGAUUGUGGUUGCUGUCUAUUCAGAAUGGGAGCGCUGCGAGUGAGUGAGCGAAAGAUACUGAAUGAAUCGACUGAAUGCUUUGUUUUGUGGGGUCUGUGUUCAAAUGCUUGACAUCUUUAUUAUAACCACAGACAAAAAAUGUAUUAAAGAAAAACUUUGUCUGUGGAUAAAAAAAGUUUUAAAAAAUUCCAAUGAAAGGGUCAUGUCUUGUAUUCUGGGAGGCCACACAAUAGCAGGAGAUGAUUCUACUGGCUACUCCUCCAAAAAGCACACCAAUCAGAGGAACUGAAGCACUUUCAUAAAACCUGUUGCCAAGAGGCAGGCUCCAGUCAAGGAGGGUACCGCCUUGUUUCACAAAACCAGCUAAAAGAAAGUUGUCAACCCCCAUUUUAUUUUCUCUGUGUCACGGAGACUCUCCACACUGCCAAAGCUGACUCUCUCGUCUGUUCUCAUCCUCCUAGAUCUAUCUGCUUCCUUCACCACUGUGAACCGUCAGAUUCUCCUCUCCACCCUCUCAGGGCUGGGCGUCUCAGCCUCUGCACUCUUGGAUUGCAUCCUACCUGGCAGGCCGCUCCUGCCAGGCAUUGUAGAGAGGAUCUGUGUCUGCACCACGUACUGUACUCACAACUGGUGUCCCCCAGGGCUCGUUUCUAGGCCCUUCUCUCUAUACACAAAGCUACUCUGCUCAGUCAUAUCCCCACCAGGUCUCUCUCAUGAUUGCUAUGCGGAUGAGACUCAACUACUUCUCUCCUUCCCCCAUUCUGACACCCAUGUGGCGACACGCAUCUCUGCUUGCCUGGCAGAUAUCUCAGUUUGGAUGUCGGCCCACCACCUCAAACUCAGCCUCGACAAGAUGGGGCGGCAGGGUAGCCUAGUGGUUAGAGUGUUGGACUAGUAACCGGAAAGUUGCAAGUUCAAACCCCCGAGCUGACAAGGUACAAAUCUGUCGUUCUGCCCCUGAACAGGCAGUUAACCCACUGUUCCUAGACCGUCAUUGAAAAUAAGAAUUUGUUCUUAACUGACUUGCCUAGUUAAAUAAAGGUAAAAUAAAAAAUAAAUUAAAAAGACGGAGCUGCUCUUCCGCCAGGGCAAGGCCUGCCCGCUCAAAGACCUCUCCAUCAUUAUUGACAAUUCCAGUGUCCCCCUCCCAGAGUACAAAGAACCUUGGCUUGACCCUGGACAACACCCACUCUGUUCUGCCACCUCUGGUCUCUUGGCAGCUCCCGCUCAGCCCAGUCCAAGCUCUUCUCUGUCCUGUCACCAGCUUCCCCCUGAAGCUAGGACAGCAGAGUCCCUUGCCCAUCAUCUGAAAGCAUCUGAAAUAAUCCCACAGCACCCCCUUCUCACCCUGGCCCCUCCCUAAAUAAAUAAUGCCUAACACUCUGUUUUUUGGGGGGGGUUUUCCCCUUACUAACUCUGACUUUGAUAGCUAUUUUGAGGAAAAUGUACUUACUGUGAUAUGUGGUUGUUCCACCUAACUAUUUUAAGAUGAAUGCACUAAGUCACUCUGGAUAAGAGUGUCUGCUAAAUGACAAAUGCAGAUCUGGGUGUCCUUAAUACUAGGUUCAUAACCAAGCGGGAAGGUGUUAAUUACCAGUUGUGAAGUUGUUUUGAACUGGGAAAUACCAUCAAACAUGGAGGUCAUAAGAAGGCAAAUGAUUGUUUUGCUCUUUUGCCCAUAUCCAGAGCUGCUUUCCUUAAAUCAAAAGGAAGAUGAACAGAAUAAAUUUUGUAUCAAUAAUUUGUAUUUUGUUCCACAACUGCUGAAGCUGCUGCCAUCUGCUUUCUUUUUGUUGACAAUUUAGAGGGGCAAGUAAGCAUGGGGAUGAUAGACAAGUUUACCGCUAGUAAUUACCAGGUGGCAGUGCGUUCAAGCGGAUUUUUCCCAGUCUUUCCCAGUCGUAUGCUGGUAUAUGGUGCCAACAUUCUGCGAUCAAUCAGGUAUUUUAAAUAAUCUACACUUUAACUGUGGGCACAAUCAGAAAGUAGAACAGGACAUAUGUUAGUGCCAGGUAUAAACAGGCUUUUACAAAGAAGAGCACAAUAGCCAGGUUCAUAGGUCUUACACAUUUAAUUUUAUUUAAAACACUUUCAAAUGACCACAGUAAGAAGUGUAACCUAAAUGACAGUGGAGAAGGAGCCCAAAGAACAGGUCCUCCUAAAGAAGACCACAGAGACAAUGUAGGAGCUGUCUGACUAGCACGCACCUUCACCCACCCCUGACAGAUACAACCCCAAUGGCCAAAUCAGAUUGGUUAAAACCUAUUCAUUUCAGAGUAUUAUAUAUUUCCAAUAAAUAUAUAACUAUACCGCUUGCUACUAUUCCUAUUUAUCGUAACGUUUCCAUCCACCGUUUGAGAGUAAAGUCAUACUGUAUGAAAAUAACAACAGGUGUGAUGGAAAGUAUCGGUAUUAAUGUCGAAAAAUUGUUCAUGGUGGGAUCAUUUUGUCGAUAAAAAAAAUUAUUAUGCGACAAAUGCGGUGGAAAGCCUUUAUGUGCAAAUAUUUAUUUUUUUAAACCAUAUCGAAGUAAACUUGAGACAUGCGAUGACAUCUGGUGUACUACGACAUGGAAAAACAUUUGAGUUUAUAGGCAGAUUAAAUCGUUUUGAUGAACUUUCAUGACGGUUGUGAUGGGAUGGACAAUGAUGUGCUUCAUGCACAUGCCCAUCAAGAGUUUUAUUUGAAUGCUGGCUACAUGAACAAAACUUGUCUGCCAAUUAACAAAUAAAAAUGCUAUUGCUCUUAUCCAUAUUGCAUCAUAUAACCUACCCUGUCCACGUUGUCAGCGAACUCUUCUAGACCGGAGAGCAUGCCAGUGUUGCCAACUAAAUUUCAGGGUAAAUUGGCUAGAGGCAGGUUGAUUUGUUGCUAAAUGACGUUGUGUAGUCAUUGCGUGAACGUAAAACUGCGUCAUUACGUAGAAUACGCAAAAACGUUACUCAAAUUGACUGG